AUGCAGGCUUGCGCCCCCGAAGAGGACACCUGUAUGGCCGCCAUAUAUGAGACCCACAGAGUUGGCGAUGUUUCAGUGAGCUCCAAGAAGGGGUGCACGACAUCCAGCGAUUGUGACCCGGGAUUCCUCUCCUUCAAUGAUGGCCCCGAAAGCAACGUAGGGGCUACCACACACUGCUGCCAGAGCAAUGGCUGCAACCAGGAGCCGCUGCCCGCGUUCAGGAGAAAUCUGACAGAGAAUGGCCUUCGAUGUCCUUCCUGCUUCGCCUUCCUCAAGGAAACAUGCACCCCGACUCAGGAAGCACUCUGCGUUGGCGAGGAAACCCGCUGUGUCACCAUGACUGGCCUCAUGCACCCUGGCAUCAGAUUUGCUGCCCAGGGCUGUGGUACGGAGAACACCUGCCACAGCAAGCCUGGGACCCUGGUGCCCUCAGGCUCUCGUUUGUUGACCAUUAAGAAGACCAGCUGUCUCAAGCCCCCAGGCUUCUGGCAAGGCUGA